CGGUUACCGUUUAGUGGCUGCUGGUGCGGUGCGAUUCGAGAGCGCCGGGAGCCCACGACGACGCAUGAUUCUUUCCGUGCAGGCUUUCGUAGCUCUCUCACCUUCCCCAGACGUGUCGUCCUACCUGGCUGACCAAGCUACCCAGCCGGUCAAUUCGUUGAGCCACUCGAUCGAUCAGCAUGCCGGGAUCCGAAUUCGGAGCCUCUCCUUUACCGAUUCCCUCUUCUUCUUCCUCCCCCCCUCGCCUUCGGUUACGCCACCAGAAAAUAGCUAAACCAGUCUGCGAGUGGACGGACGUGUCCAUGUGGAUUGUUUAGCAUCUAGGCCAUAUCUCCCCUGCCCUCUCUCUUUCCUCUUCUAUCAUCUUCCUUCUUCGACCCACCAACCCUGGUUGAUUCAACGCGCCGCGCGGCGCCUAGUAUUCGCCGUCUCACGGUGACCUGUUCGUGGAAAUUCCAUCAUUUAUACGUAGAGAUAGGCUCAGAUGACACGAGCAAUUAUUCGCGCCAGUGCUUCCAACGAUACAGAGGCAGCAGCGGACAGCCGAGAGCAGAAUUAUUAAGUCGGAUUCGGUGGGCAAGCACGCACGGAGCGAUUGAGCUGACCGCGCGAUGGAGAAGGGGAGCAGCGGGCUGUCCUGCCGCGCCGCCGUCUGCGGCGUCGUCGUGCUCCUCACCGUCAUCGCCUUCUCCUGCUCGCUCGCCGCGGAAUUCCACAAGGUCAAGGAGAAGGACAUGAAGCUGGACGGCAGCCUCUGCUCGCUCCCCAAGAGCUCCGCCUUCGAGCUGGGCGUGGCCGCCAUCGCCUUCCUCUUCGUGGCGCAGCUCGUGGGCACCACGGCGGCGGUGACCACCGUGUUGGCCGGCAAGCCUAAGAAGAGCUCCGCCGCCAGAGGGCGCGCCGCGUUCGUCGCGCUCCUGGUCCUCUCAUGGCUGAGCUUCGCGGUGGCCGUGAUCCUGCUGGCGACAGCCGCGAGCAUGAACCACGGGCAGCGGUACGGGCGCGGGUGGAUGGACGGCGACUGCUACGUGGCCCGGAGCGGCGUGUUCGGCGGCGCGGCGGCCCUUGUCGUCGUCACGGCGCUCAUCACCCUCGGCCUCACCUUCGCCACCGAAUCGGCCGCGGCCGCGGGUGCCAUGGCGACGACGCCCGCAUCGUCGUCGUCGUCAUCAGCCACAUGCACAAGGAGGACACAUCUCGACGCGGCGUCGGCGGACGCGGAACAGCCGGGCGGGCGAUCCAAGCAAUGAGGCAGACAGGCUGGCUGGGGCGCGGCGCGGGGCGGACCAACCGGAGGCGGCUGGUGAGCGGCAACGUUCGUGCCGGCCGCAAAAGGCCGCGCCGCGUGGGGCAGCACGCAGACGCAGCUGGUGGGCUGGCUGGCGGAGCAACGGAAAGUGGCAGACGGCCGCCGGACCAGACCGGUGGGGCCGUGCCGCGGAGGCGGAUGGAUUAUGGAUAUACCGCUGGUUGGUUGGAUAUUUAGCAGCCGCGACAGAGGUACAUACAUACUGUUUUACUGUCCCCAUUACAGCGUUACUGACACGUUUACUGACUCGACCGUGCAACAUGUAAAUGACACAAGCGGUCAUUGCAAAAAUGCAAACAUAAAUCAUACGGAAAAUCACCCUUUUUUCCCCUGCCUGUUGCGUGUUUGUGUGCAUGUGUACCAACUUUUUUUUUUUUGAAACGGCAUGUGUACCAACUUGGUCCUAGUGGGCAUGUUCAGCUUGGCGCCUUGAUUGGCUGAUCCUGGACGCUGUACUGUGACUGGUUACAAUAAUGCAUUCGAAAGAACAUUCUUUCAUUUCAUGAA